AGAGCCGGCAGCCCUCAAUGUGAGCUGCUGCCAAGGCUUCCUUCCUUUCGACAGUCGAGCUGUGCUAUACAUCCUGAAAAAAAUUCAUAAAAUAUCGUAUUACCAAUGAAUAUUAAAAUUGUUCUCAUGUCCAAUCGUUUUCCGUCGAGUUUACAUUGAUUCGUUAAUUAGUAAGUUCGAGAGACUUAAUUUUCCCAGUUUUUACAUUUUUUUCUGGUGCAUCAGACCCUCAACGGUGAAGAUUCCACGGGAGUAUCGGCAUUGUGAGGGGGGAAGUUUUUUUUUAUAAUUAGGAUUUACUAGUUUUUAUAUUCAGAGAGAGGGGAGGUAAUCAACUCUCGCUGCUUUGCUUAAUUAGAAGAUAUUGGAUUUUUUUUUGUGGAACUGGUGGGUAACAUUCACACGGAAGAUAUACCAAUCGUUUUGGAAUGAGCACGAUGGAGCCGCCGAAGAGUGAAGGUGAGCCGGAGAAACCUGCUAUAGCAACGAUGGUUGGCACACCAACGGCAAGCUCUCAGCAUCCACCCCCAUCACCCCUAAGUGGAUGUUAUCUGCUUGUCGUUCUUCCUGAGCCUCAUAAUGCACAGCACAAGGAUCUCAUUCUCAAUCGAAUUGCCAAAGGGUUUUUGUCCUGGGACAAAGACAACUGUCACGUCGACCUGGAGAAGGAACUUCAAGCCCUCGUUGCUCAAGCACCGGAGGGUGAAGAAGCUAGAAAUGGUGAACGAUUGAUUCAAUACGCAACUGAGAAUCUCGUUACGGAAAUUUUAAUUCACCCGCAGUCCAAUACAUUACUUCAAUGCAUUCGAAAUUUACUCGCUAGUUUCACGAAGCAUCGGCACAUCAUUCACGCCGGCUAUACCUUCAGCGAGAAUGGUUCCUGGAUACUGCAGGAUGGAACCUUCAGUCUUGCUGACUUUUUGGAUGCAUUCAACGAGCACGACGUGCAGCGAGUGCUUCGAGCUUAUGAAAACAGCGUCACCGUUGACAUUAAUUGCGCUGCCAUUGGCGAAUGGUCUAUGCAACGCUUGUCCAAGGAACCCUGUGUUAGGUCCUGUAGAAUUCGACUCAAUCCCGACGAUGUGCUAACAUCGGGUGCCCCUGCCAUAACGAGCUUUACAAAUUACAUCAGCCAGUAUCUGGUGCCUCUAGCACUGGAUCAACUGAUGCAACCAUCCGAUGUCGUUGGUAACAUUCGAUUCAGUCAUCCAACGUUGUACGUCUUCCCUGGUGGUCAGGGUGAUGCUGCCCUCUUCGGAAUAAACGGCUUCAACAUGUUGGUUGAUGGUGGCUUUGCUCGGAAGUCCUGCUUCUGGGACUUCACCAGGCACCUGGAUCGUCUUGAUGCCGUGCUACUGACUCGCAUCAACAACAGCAACGUCGGUGGUAUGUCCAGUGUGCUGCGGAAAAAAAAAGAAAUGCAGGUUUAUCCGCAAAUCGGUCACUUCUUCUGCAAUCUCGUCGAACGAAAGCAUUCAAACUCACCAGAUGGAGACAAGGACCUUGAUCCAUUGAUACUGAGUCUGACAGAAUUAGGACAAGAGAUGAUGCUGAACCUCAAGCAUAUUAAUAUACGGCCCCAUCCGUGCUACAGAGAUCCUGAGCCAAUAAAUCUUUAUCACAAAGUUGGACAUGGUACUCUUGACAUGUAUGUCCUGAGUCCCAGCAAGGACAGCCGGGAGGUACGUGAAUUUCUAUCAAAAUGGAACUCAGGCGACUGGAAAUUGUUGGGUGGUUCACACAAGAAAGACUCAAACAACUUGACAUUUCCUAUUCAAAAUCUAGUGUCAAUCUGUGCGUUAUUAGUAUGGCAGCCUGCCAAUCCUGAGGACACGAUAACGAGAAUACUAUUUCCAGGUAGUACACCACAGCACAAAAUAUUUGAAGGCAUUGAACGCCUGAGGCAUCUAGAAUUUCUGAAGCAUCCAAGGUGUACAGCAAAAAGCAUAUCACCAUCGGCAUCGUUGGUUGGAUUGAAGGACAAACCAAUGAAGAUUCAGAAGAUAAGUCUGAUGGAUAGAGACACUAAACGUGCUAUGGAGGUACGUAAGCACGUUAAGCGUGAAGAGGAAACGAAACAGAAAAUUGAAUUGACUCAGCCGGAGAAGGUAGAGGAGAAACCGAAAUCAAUUUCGAAAAAGCGAGAAGUUGUUGAGAAUAAGAAGAUUGAUGGAGAUGUUAAGGACGAUGGGGUGAGGGACGUCAAGAAAAUCGAUAAGGAAUUGAAGGAUGUCAAGGAGACGAAGAGAAUUGUUAAAGAUGAUGUUAAAAAGACUGAAACAAUAAAAACUAAACCGGAAACUGAGAAGACUGCGGCAAUCAGAGAAACAAAACCCAGACCUGAACGAAAGGAGAAGAAGAUGACGAAGGAACCGGUACAAAAAAUUCAACUUCCUAAAGUAAAGGCUGAUGUGACGAUUGAGAAGAAGACGAAGGCACCGACACCGAAGAAAAUCGUCAACGGAUUGUCCCCCAAACCUGAAGACAAAGUCAAGACAACAGCACCGAAAUUAGCACCGAAGACAGCGGCCAAAGUGUUGCCAGCAGCAGCACCGAAGAGUGCUAAAGACGCCAACAAUCGAAAGGUGGUGGAGCAGAAGAAUAUUGAGAGAAUGAGCAUGUCGAAGGCUCCAGCCAAGCCCAAAGCUCCACCCGCUCCAUCUGCGGAGAAGAAAGCUGUGCCACGACGUCCAAAACCCAGUGGAAGUCCCAGCAAAGCCAAGUUCACUGCUGGAAGUCCCAUAAAAUCAGCGAAGAGCACUCCAACAGCUUCAGUAAAAUCCGAUAAAGAUGGAGUGAUGAGGAAAAUAAAGACUGAAAAAGGUACUGCAGAUUCAUCAACUGUAUCAACACCCUCAGCAAUUGAAAUUGAUUCAAUGAAUAAAUUCACUGACAAAUGUCUGACGGAGAAAUCAGAGGACAUGUCCCUUGAUUCAAUUGAGUCCAAAGUUCUUGCUGAUCUUAAAGAGGAGCGUCAGGUAGUUGAAGAGAUUGAGGCUGUGCUGCAGAAAGCUGAGAGGAUUGAGGUAGCUAGGAAGGAGAGCAGGAUCGAUGGUGAGGACGAGGUGACAGCUGAUGCUACUGAUAAAAAGGACAUCACUGAGGACAUGACUGAGGACGAUGUCACCGCUGAUAUUGACGAAGUACCCCGGAAAUCACCAAUUAGGAAAGCGAGUCAGGAGUUGACUGAGGAGGAGGAUGAGUAUCUCAUCAUUGAGAAGGAGGAGGGUGACACUGAAGACUCAGUGCACAGCGGUGAAGCCGAGCACAAGCAUCUCCUGGAUGCUGCCCAGUCUGAGAAGGAGAAAAUUCUCAAAGAGGAUCAGGAAUACGAGGAAAAAGAAGCUGUCGAUGAAGAGGAAUUGGAGCCUGACGAGUUGGAAGAGGAGGAAGAGGAGGAGGAGAUUGACGAAGAGGAGGACGAGGGUGAGGAGAAAGAAAUGGCUGUGGAGAAAGGUAUCAUGGAGGAACGUGAGAAGAGCGAUGACGCAUCUGAGAAGAAAGUUCCUCCAGAAGUUGAAAAAACUCCAGAGAAAGACACAGCACUUGAAGAAUUCAAGGAACAGCUGGAGGAGGCAAUGAUAGGUAUAAUAACAUCAGCAGCGGAGAUACUCCUGAAGACGGAGGACAAAGAAGAUUCAGGAAAGAAAGACAGUGAAGAUAUAACGAAAGAACCAUCAAGUCUCAGUCCUGAGAAGUUGGAUUCUUCAGAGAAGAAGACAACCGACACCGACAUAAAACCAGAACUUGAAAAGACGAAAGAAAAAAUGGAGGAAUCUCAGGAACGUAUAUCAACGAUUGAGUCAGGUGCUACCACCACUGCACCAACACUCCCUGAAGACGAGAGGAUUUCUGUAGACGCUGCAAAGCCACCGACAACAGAAAAAACGAUUGAAGACAAGAAAGUGGAAGUUACUCAAAAGCCCAAAGAGAUUAUCCCACUGACGACUGAACCGAGUGAAGUAAAACCUGACGUCCGGAUGUUUAAUGUCCGCCAGGGACCUCAAGUACUGCAGAGGGACAUUGUCAAAACCCCUGACGAAGUAGCUGACCUCCCAGUCCACGAAGAGGUCGAUCCAAAGCUCUAUAAAAUGGAGGACUUUGAGAAAUCAAAAGAUGAAAAAGCUCAAGUGGCGGUGAGUGCUGCCCAAGAUCAGAAGGAAUCACCAGGGAAAGAGCAGAAAGGUGUGCUGGGCUUCUUCGGGAAAGUUGCGGAUAAAUUCGAAAGGGGAAUGGACAAAUUAACCGGAAAAGGAAGACGAGAAUCAGAAAAAGAUAUUGACGAGAAGUCCUCAUCCAAGUCGGGAUCUCCAAAAGAAGAAGUUCACGUUGCUGCAGCUCCAGUUGUUGCUUCUGAAAUUCUCCCCCCGAAAGCUGAUGAAAAGGCGACAGAAAAGCAGCAGGAAAGACCCCCAGAAGCUGCGGUUCCAAGUGCUCCCCAAGUACUUCCUCAAUCUGAAGACCCAAAACCUGAAGUUUCCCUUGAUGGCCUAGAAAAAUCAACGGAAGUGCUUGACGAUCUGGAGGAUGCAGACGGUGUCGAAGCUCUUCUUGAAGAAGCCUCCAAGAAAUUCAAAACCGUGAAAGACAGUCUCCGCGAUUCUCUCGAGUCUCUAGAAGAGAAAAUCGUCGAGGAAGAGUUCAAACGAGCUGCAGAGCUUGCUGCCUCCACUAAGGACGAAGUUAAAGAUACUCUCGAGGAAGUUGUGGAGAAGCUAGAAGAGAUUCAGCCCCAGAUGCGUCGAGUGGAAGUAGCUGAGAAAGAACCUGAAAAAGUCCACUUUGUCGUUCCAGCUGAUGAUGAAGACGAAGAAGAUGGUACUGACCUCGUCAGAGACAUGAAGGAGGCUGUGCGUGAGGUGGGUGAGGUCUUAGCUGGUACUGCAGGUAUUGUCCUUGAAGAGAAACCCAAGGACGUCACCGAAAUUGUCAGGAAAGUCGCUGAAGUUCUGAAAGAAGAUGAUUUCCUGUCUGACAAGGCACUUUUCAAAACGUCUCCGGAGCCUGCAGACCCUGUUCAGAAGAAAGAAAUCCAGGAACUGGCAGCGAAGAAAGCCUCUUCAUCAUUGGAAUGCCAAGAGGAGCCUUGCAUUAAAAAAACUGUUGGAGAAGAGCCUGCGAUUUCCGAUUCCAAAGAACAAACUUCAGACAAAACUGAUGCCAAAGUCAUUUGCGAAGAGUUCCUGAAAGAUUCUGUCCCAGUUCCCAGUCUGAAAGACAGUCCCAAGCACGAGCAGGUUGACAUCAUGGAAGCAGGCAUCGAAGAAGUCUGUCAGAAGGUGGUGAUCCCUGAUCCCCAAGCACACCAGCAUCCUCCAGAUCAAAGCAAAGACGAGAGACGAGAUUCAGUAGAAAUUGAACCGACUGAAAUUUCAAUUGAACAUAAAAUAGCUCCGACAACUGCCGAGUACGUCAUGGUGACACCAGACUCAGUUCCACCAUCUCCAAAGUUCCCGAGUGAAAAACUCCAGACCCAGAUUGAGAAGGAGAUUGCUUCGAGUUCGCCAAGGCCCGGGCUUCCAGUGGAAGUGCAGAGCAUCAUCGAGUCUGUGAAGAAUAUUCCUGAGAUCAUCGAGGAGUUGGUGUUCAUUAGAAAUGAGAAAAUUACCAUUGAGAUAAUUGAAUACAUAAUUUUAAUUAAGCGAGUUCCUAGGGAGCAAGUUGUUCACAUUAUUCAAGAAAUAAUCAUAAAGAAAAAAGUGCCACAGGAAAGUGUCGUUGCUGAUGCCAAUAUUCUACUGUUAAGUGAACAAAUUAAGGGAGUUCCUGAUGAUGUUGAUGAGAAGGAUGAAAUCCCUGAUGUUAAGGGCGAAGGACGAGGUCCGCAGGACGAGGACGACUCAAUAGUUACAGAUAAAACGAGGUCUGACGUGGAGUCCGAGAUAUUGAACGAAUAUUUAAACAAAAAUAAGAAAAUAACGCAAACUAUUGUUGAAGAGAUUCACGUCAGACGACAAGUUCCUACGUAUGUUAUUAUUGAAAUUAUAGAAUACAUAAUAGUGCAAAAGAAAUUACGAAAGCAGUCACUCGUGGACAUUGAUGACGCAGCUUGGGAGAAGUUGAAGACCCCAGAUGUCGACGAGGAAGAAGAAGAAGAAGGAAAAAGCGUAGAUGAGGAUCAGCAGCUCGACGAUUUCAUCAUCGUACCAUCACCAGAAGAAGUGGAGAACCUUCACUGCGCUGAAUCUGAUAUUCUCACCAGUUAUAUCGACAAAGGAAGGAAAAUUACUCGAGAAAUUGUUGAAGAAAUCCACAUAACUCGGAAGAUUCCUAUUUACGUAGUAAUUGAAUUAAUUGAGAAGAUUAUAAUUACAAAAAAAUUAUCAAAAAAUUCCGUCGUUGAUAUUCCCGAUGCUGUUUGGAAUACCAUGAAAUCUGAUGCAUUAAAAGAGGAAAAGCUCAUUACGGAGAAGCUCCACGAUGGGUUCGAAGCUGUCGAGCAAGAGUAUAAAUUUUCAGAAGAGAAAGACAGCCUUGCAGCAGAGGAAAUGGACCACGAAGACGCCCUGGAGGACGACGGCAGUGACGUUAUAGAAGCUGAUGAGAAACUCCUCGACAAAUCAUCACCAGACAAGCUGCAGGAUUCUGUCGCUGAUAAAAUCACAGAACCACAGGAGAAAAUCUCUUCCGAACGAAAGCCAUCAGGACCACCGCUACCAGAAGAAGCUGCUGUUGAAUCACCUGUGACGAAAGCACCAGCUGUACCUCAUCCAGAAGCAGAUGACGAAGCAUCAACAGUCCGACGAAUGAUUGUUACCACAACUAGUGAAGAUGGAGGUGACGAAAUUGUCAUCUGCCCAACUGGCAGCAUAACAUUCGCUAGAGCAACUACUCCUGAAGAUUCUCUGAAGAGUUCUCCAAUAAAAACUGAGCCAGAUAAAGAUUCACUGCGUUCACAUGAGAGUACUCCAGAUAAAGACAGUAUUUCAGCAAAGGACAGCCUGGACAAAUCGUCUACGAGCAUUCGCGACUCGCAGACCUUGGACGACAGUAUCGAAAGGUCCAAGACUGAUGAUAAAAGGAUUUCCGAUGGACCUCUGGUGGAGGAGAAACUCGUCAAAGAUCUGCCGCUUGAUAAAAUGGAUAAGGAACCAUCAGAUGUUUAUAAAACUGAGGAUGCAUCACCUGCAGAGAGUGUCUUUCCUGAAUCUCCAGUGAAGGAAUCAUCGAAGAGCGACGUGGUUGAUGCCAAACCGAUUUCAGAUGGCAAGACACUUCCUCAAGAAGAACUGGAAGUCGUCAAGGACACGAUGGGAAAAGCGGAAGUGGCUCUAGAUAAAUCAAGAUCUUCCAGUGUUGGAUCCUUAACUCAGGAUGAGGUUAUGACUGCAGCAGUAGAUACCUCUGCAGGUCAAGGACCAAUCGUCAAACCUGAUGAGAAAGAUAUUGCUCACACGACGAGUACAACGGUGAUUACAGUACCAAGUUCUGAUGCUGCUGAUUCUGAACUGGAGAAGAAAAGUGUAGCGGAUGUGGAAGGAAAAGAGGUUAUGACAGCUGCAACAACCGUUCUAAGUGAUAAAGCUGUAGUUGUGGAGACUGAGGAUAAGAUAAUGGAUGUAAAAUCCCCUAGUCCAGGUCCAGGAACUCCUGCAUCACCUGAACCCUCUCCUGUAUCUCCUGAUGGAGGGACAAUCAAGAAAGAAGAUGAAAAGAUGAAGGAAUCAGGCUCCAGCCGACCUUCCUCGCCCAUUUCAAAGGAAACUCCUGUACUUGAAGAAAAGCAACAAAGUAUUUUACCUAAAUUGGAUGACAAGGCACCUCAGAGUGAGAAUUUACUGAGUGAGAAAGACAAAUUAGAAGAGAAAUCCAUGGACGCUGAGGACAAAAUCCAUAGGACACAUGUUGAAGACGUGGAAGCAGAUAAAGUCACUUCAGCAGCUCGAAAACCGAGUGUUACCCUUGAAAAAGAUGGUGAAGACAAGAAAAUAUCUGCACUUGACACGUUGGUUGAUCAUAAACCUGAGGAAAAAGGGAAGAUCGAGGGAACCACCGAUGAUAAAUCACCAGUGGACACUUCACCAAUCAAGGAGAGUGCAGGAGCACCUCCUGUUUCCAUCACUCACGAUAAAUCAUCAACUCUACCUGAAGCGCCUGGCUCCCUCGAUAUAAAAGACCUUGAGACUGUCAAGGAUGAUAUAAAACACGAAGAAGCUGCAGCAGAUGCUCAGAAAAAAUCAUCAACUCCAAGUCCUACAAGAGUUGUUUCCUCAAAAUCAUCAAGAGACACUUCACCGAUACGCAAACAAAGUUUACUGAUUGAUUCAGCAGACGUCAAAGCUGAUGCUGCACUGGAAGAUGGAAAAUCCCCAGCUUUGAGUGUUGGAGAUGCUACAUCAGCGAAAUCAUCUAGGGAAGUCUCUCCCGCGAGAAAAGACAGUCAUGUUAGUGAAGGUGAAAUGAAAAUUGAUGACGAGAAGUCUCCAGUACCCAGUAUUGCUGAUGGAAAAUCUUCAGUAUCUUCGCGCGAUAUUUCACCGAUCAGGAAAGAAAGUUCAGCUGUUGAAAAGCUGGAUGAACAACCGACGAAACCUGGGACACCAUCACCUGCUGAGGUCUCAAUGUCUCCAACCAGAAAGGAAAGCAUUAGCCAGGUGGAAAAAGAAAUGACUAUUGAAGUAGCUGCAAGACCAGAAGAGAUUUCUUCAAGUCCAGCUCGCUCCAUUCCUCCAAGUCCAGCUCGCUCCAUUCCUCCAAGUCCAGCUCGCUCCACUUCUCCAGGUCGCAAAAUAAGCCUCGUCGUCGAUGAAAAGGUAUUGCCAGGUACCCUUCCACCUGACCAUGAAAAAACAGACCUUUUGCAUUCACCAAAAUCGCCCGGUGGACUUUCGCCAAUCAGAAAGCAGAGUAUUGGGACCCUAGAGGACGCGAAGGUCAAAGAUGAAGCUGAUAGAUCAUCCCCCAGCCCUGCAGAGAGUAUUAAAAGUUCAGUGUCUACCAGGGAUACCUCUCCGAUCUCCACGAAAAUUCUAGUUGCUGAAGAAAGAAGAUCCCCGAGCCCACGAUUAUCAAUCGAAAUUGAAUCGGUGGAAAAAACAGAUGAAAUGAAAUCCCCCAGUGCUCUAUCUCCAAGUGUUAAACCAUCAACGUCUCCAGGCGCUGCUUCACCAGUUCGAAAAGAGAGUCUAGCAUCAGUUGAAAAAUCGCCAACGAGUACCCUGGAGGAGAAACCAGCUGAUCUCAAAAUGGGAGAAGUUGAAGUUGAAGAGAAAUCCCCAAGUCCUGUCCCUUGCAGUCGUAAAUCUUCGGUUUCUCCUCAGGACACGUCAAUCAAACAUGAAACUCCAGUUCUAGAGGGAAAAAUGCCAACUUCACGAGGUUCAGUGGACUUGGAACCUGAAGAGGUGGCACUGGACAAGAAAUCCCCGAGCCCUCUGCAGGGUUCGACGUCCUCACGCGAGACUUCACCCAUUCGGAAGGAAAGUCUAGCUGUGAGUGAAAAGGAAACUGCAAGCCCUAGACACUCGGUAGAUAUGACAUCCUCAGGAAGUCUCGGGAAGGUCUCUCCAAGCUCCAUAACUGAAAGUCUUAAAUUAGCGUCCCCUGGGGACACAUCUCCUGUCAAGAAAACUGACCCAUCGAUUGAGGAAACAGCUUCAUUGCCAUCAACAACAGCAAUUGAUUCAAAAUCUGAUGAACAUGAUGAGAAAUCAUCGAUUCCCGACAGCAAAGUCCCCAUCAGCAGUCCUCCAACACCUUCUACUGACGCCAAACAUGAAGAGAUUGUUCAUGAGAAAACGCCCAGCCCACCAGAGGAACUCCCAGUCUCUGAUACUUCCAAGAUCUGUGUUGAUGGCAAACAUGAAGAGGAGACAGUCGAUAAAAAACCACCGACUCCCGGGGAAAAAGAUGCUGUUGCUGACGAGAAGGAAAAAGCUACUCCAGAUGUCAAAGUUUCAGUUGGCGACACUCCCAAGGUAUCAAUCGAUAUUGAAAAGGAAGAAGAACCUGUCGGGAAAGAGGAACCAGCCAGCUCCAGUGAGAAAGACGAGACAACAACACGACGAGACGAAACAACUGACGAGAGUAAGAAAGCCCCUGGUGUGGAGGUGAAACCUCCAGUUAGUGAUCCUCUACCAGGAUCUAUCGAUGCAGCAGUUGCAAAAGCAACUCCAGAGAAAAAAACCCCUAGUCCUGAUGGCCAGAAGGAGAUUCAGGAUGAGAAGGACACACCCACUGCAGCUGUACCAAUUUCAGUCAGUGAAACCCCAGUGACAUCGAUGAGUAAACUGGAAGACAAGACUGUGGACGAAAAAACACCUGCACCUGGUGAAAAAGGAGAAAGUCCAGAAGAGAAAGCAAUUCCUACUUUAGAUCUUGAAGUUUCUGCUGGUGAUACUUCUAGAACCCCUGUUGAUAUUAAAAUGGAAGAAGUUACUGUUGAUAAACAACAACUCAGUCUUGAUAAACAAGAAGAGAGCAUGAAGACGAAGGAAGAGAGCAUGAAGACGAAGGAAUCACCCAGUUCAGACACGGAAAAAUCAGCUGGUGACACUGCGAAGGUAUCAGUGGACAUUAAAAUGGAAGAAAAGGUUGAUGACAAGCAGACUUCUAGCUUCGAUAAAAAGGAAGAGAUUCCUGACGAUCAGAAAAUCCCUAGUUCCGAAGCAAAAGUUGAAGUCAGCGACACCCCAAGAGCUUCUAUCGACAUUAAAAUGGAGAAAGGGUCUGUGGACAUGGAACCACCGUCUCCUGGUGUAAAAGAAGAGGAAUCUUCUGAUAUUAAAUCUGAGGAAGACAUUUCCGAUACGAAGACAUCCACUCAGGACGAAAAAAUCACAAUCACUGACACUCCAAGAACGUCCGUUGAUAUCAAACUGGGAGAAAAGGUUGACGACACACCAGUUCCUAGUCCAGAUGACAAAGUACCGACAUCGGGAAGUCCAACGGUUUCCAGUGAUAUCAAACACGACGUGGCACUUGCUGAGAAGAAAGCUCCUGUUGCCGACGAGAAAGCAUCAGUUAGCGAUACCACAAGUGUCCCUACUGGCAUCAAACACGAAGAGGGACCUGAUGAUCAGAAAACUUCCAGCCCGGAGGGUUCAGUCAUCGUCAGUGAUGCUCCCAGAGCCUCAAUCGAUAUUAAACAUGAAGAGGGAAGUACUGAGAAGAAAAUACCUAGUCCAGACGACAAAGUGUCAGUCGGUGGCACUCCCAGGGGGUCCAUUGACAUCAAACAUGAAGAGAUUAUCGUCGAUAAGAAGAUUCCCAGCUCAGAUGAGAAACCCUCAGUCAGUGAUACUCCCAGGGCGUCUAUUGACAUCAAACACGAACAGGCGACUGUGGAUAUGAAAACUCCUAGUCUAGAUGAAAAAGUCUCGGUUAGUGGAACUCCCCGAGCAUCUGUUGACAUGCAAUCACCUGGUGCUAGUGCUGAUAAAAGCACAAUCAGUCAGGAGGAAAAAGUCUUGAUGAGUGAGACUUCGAAGGUGUCUAUUGACCUGAAACACGACGAAAGGGCUGAUACAGGAGCCAGCCCAGACGGUAAAUCUUCGAUAAGUGGUAGUCCAAGGGCAUCAGUGGACAUCAGACAUGAAGAGGAAAUUUCCGACAAGAAAUCGUUAUCUCCGGAUGAAAAAGUCUCUGUCAGCGAGACUCGAAAGUCGUCUACUGACGAUAAACAUGAACUGGAGACGAUUGAUAAGAAGACACCUAGUCCUGGUGAACCAGUUUCCCCGAGGAGCACGUCUCAGCCUUCGAUUGAUGCUCAAUCAGCAGAAAAAUCUGCUACAUCUCCAGUUUCUCCAAUGGCUCUAUCACCAGUCAAGAAGGCGAGUGUAUCAGACCAUUUAGAUGAUAAACCUGACUCUCAUGUCGAUGACAAACCUGGAGUCCCUCCAACUCCUGCUGAAGACACCGUCUCAGAAGGUCAAGCACCAGUUGGUGUGGUAGAUGCACAAGUCUGCAGCCAGAAGUCACCAACUGUCUCCCCAGUCAGGAAGGACAGUCUCACGAAGACACCUCAGCCUCCAGAAACCAAAACAGAAGAUUUGAAGUCUUCGACAUCAUCUCGAGAUGUGUCUCCAGUUGGAGAAAGACUCGUUCCUGGAGGGACAGUAAAGUCAACAGACUCCAGCACGAUCAUCUCAGUACCUGGUAAAGAGAGUCCAAUACCCGAUCUGCUGAAUACCUCCGCGAUUUCAACGCUUUCCCUCGAGCUGACGGAAAAAGUAACUGACGAACGAGCGAAAUCUCCAGUGACUUCUCCAGGUAGAAAAGCAAGUCUAGAAGGAAAAUCUCCAGAGCCAUCAGGGAUUCCCCCGCACCAGCCAGAAGAUCUGAAAGAUGAUACGAAAUCACCAGGACCUAAAUCUCCAGCUCCUCAUCUUCAAGAUGGCGCACUUCCACAGGACACGAUUGAAGACCUGAGUACACGAUCAAGGUCCUCCAGUAUGACCUCAGAAAAAUCAUCAAUUGAACCAAUUAAAGACGUGAAAGCCACUGCAAAAGCUGCGGUGAAGCAAUCAGAAUCCCCUCUUCAUGAUGAUAAAUCCAAAACGUCAUCGCCUAUGGAAUCACUUCCAGAAAAACCAACACUAUCAGCGGAUAAACAAGAAGCUGAACUAUCAGAAGCCCCAUCACGAGACAGGUCUCGCUCCCACAGUCUCUUUGACACUGGUGAGAAGACUCCACUUGGUAGAUCCAGAGCAGCAAGUCUCUUCGAGGAUAAAGAUGACGUCGUAAAAUCUGUCUCCCAAAAAUCUGGAUUAUCAGAAUUCCAUGAGGAUCACUUCCACAAAGAAGACGAUUUCGAAGUAUCCGAAGCUAAACGUAUCGACGUAGAGCGCUACAUACUGAACCAAUACGUCACCAGGAAACGGAAGAUAACUGGAGUGACCCUCGAGGAGAUAGUAGCACUCUACGAUGUGCCAAACUACAUUGUCAUCGAGACAAUCUACGAAAUUUGUGACAGAAUGAAGAUCCCGAGAGAUUCCAUAAUCGACGACGUGGGUGUGAUCGAAGAAACGCAGAAGGACGUCUCCUACGGAUUAUCACAGACUGAUAAAUUGUCCCAGAUAUCGCAUACCACAAGAGUCAGCAUCGAAGACCACAUCACCCAGGAGUACAUCACCAAGAAGAAGACAAUUUCCCAGAAGAAUCUCCACGAAAUUUCCACUUUGAAAGGGGUCGCGGAGGAUGACAUCUUCAUGAUAAUCGAGUCGAUGAUGAUAGAAAGAAAGAUUCCAAGGGAAAGUCUCCUGGAAGAAGAGGUUUUCAGUACAUACUCCAGUCGAAAGAGUCCAUCCAUCAGAGAAGAUGACAGCCACCAUCACCUGGAGGGUUUCAAGGAACCUGCCGGACCAGGAGUUGGAUCUUCCCAAUAUAAAGAGGAAGUCAUGUCUGGGAAGUCUUCACCAGAACGCAGAUCCUCAGGCUAUUCAACCCCCGAGGUUCGACACUACGACGACAAGUAUGAAAGCCAGUUCCAUAAGGCUUUCGUUGGAGGUAUGACAGAAAUCAGAACCACUCACAUAACAACUUUAUCAGGUAAAUCAACCCCUGACGUCGGUGCUAGAACGGAAACUCCAGAUUCCCUAGCAGACACUGCGUCCUCCGACAAACUGGGUAAAGAUCAUUUCGAAGGUGACCCAGUGAUAGUCAAACGUACGAUCGUGACUGAAGUCCCCGAGUACGAGACAACGAUCAAGAAGAUCGUCGUCAAGCGAGAGAUAAUAGAAGAAGACGACGAUGGUGGAUCAGACGGUCCAAGCAUAACCAGUGGACUUGAUGAUAAGGGGACGAUGAAAGUCGAUCUCACUCGAAGUUUGAUGUCCUCGUCUUCAGGAAGAUCGACUCCUGAUAAGAUCAGAGAUCUAUCAGAAGGUAGAUCCAGCACAGCGACACCAGACAGUCUUCGUUCGCACGAAGUCAUAAAGACAACAAUUAUAAAAACCCGAACGAUGUCGGACGAGGGGGAAAUUAUUACAACAACAAAGGAAGUAACAGAAACAACUAAUGAACGUGGUGAGACUGUCGUCGUUGAGGAGAAGGUCGAUGUCAAAAUGACCCCAGCAGACUCCGCAAUGGAGACAUCCGGUCAUCAGUGGACUGAACGACAUCACGAAGACUCAGAAGAAGAUUCACCUCUGUCAGCUACAUCACAGGUCUACCAUUACGAGAAAGAGGAUCCAAAACAUGUGGAGUUUUCACCAGCUGACAUGAGCAGUAGUUUCUACGGAAAGCUACCAGACGUUCCUCAGCCUCGUCACGCAGCAGAGCACGUGGGGGAUGACAAGGACUUCUCCUUCAAGAAAUUAUCGCAGGAGAAACAAUCAGCUGAAGAUCCUGGUGAGCACAUGAGCACUUCACAAUUCACUCACGAAGCUGAUUACGAUGUUGAUAAAGUCCUGAGAGGACGUGAAAAAGGGCACGAGGGGGAGGACGAUGGCAAGGACCCCAUCGGGGGAUGGGGUACACCCUUGAAGCUCCCAUCACCUGAACGACCAGACAAAUUUAAUCUCCGUUCAACUCCAAUUAUCCGUUCAUCAGUGGACAUGUCACCAGAUUCUCUGAACUUCGAUGUCAUUAACGACUGGGGGGAGCCCCUGAGAUUACCAUCACCAGCUCCAACAGCUGACGAGGCGUCGAAUAAAACGAUGCCACCAACCCCGAAGAAGGAGCGCAGGCAGCCUAAGAAAAUUGUCGCUGAGAACAUGAAGAACAAGAAGCGAUCUGACAGUCCUGCUAGCAAAGACAAGAAGAAGGACUCGAAAAAGGUCCAGCCGGUGUACCUGGACUUGACAUACGUACCACAUCAUGGGAACUCCUACUACACUAGUCUGGAGUUCUUCAAGCGUGUAAGGGCCAGGUACUACGUCUUCAGUGGGACUGAACCCAGUAGAGAAGUGUACGACGCGCUGCUGGAUGCCAAGAAGACUUGGGAGAACAAAAACCUGGAAGUGACAAUGAUUCCAACAUACGACACCGACACUCUCGGCUACUGGGUAGCCGACAAUGAAGAAGCCCUUGCAGCUAAUCACAUUGACCUGUCGCCAUCAGCAUCGCGUUGCACAAUUAAUCUACAAGAUCACGAAACAAGCUGUAGUGCUUAUCGGCUAGAGUUCUAGGACAUGUCAGCGUGCUCAGCUCUGCUAGUCGAAUUCUGAGCGAACCUACAUCACCGUCAGACUUAAUUUAUUAACCGAAUGAUAAAUAAAAAAUAACGAAGGGAUAAAUACUUCUCAUUCGCCAGGAACUAAUUAUUCAAAGUGGUCUAAUUGUCAUAAAAAAAAAUUCUCUAUUGUCUCAUUGCAAUGACAAUUCUUCUCCGAGCAGCACAAAAUAAUUCCAUGAAACAGAUAAUCCACUGGCAAAGUAAUAAAUGAAUAAUUAGGCGAUCAGUGAAGUUAGAUUAAGGGAGGAUGAAUUAUGCAAGUGGGCCUUAAGUACUUCCAGUCGUGAUUCUCGAUAAUCUAACAUCCACCAGUCAUUAAACUGAAAAUUUUUUUUGUUUAAAUUGAAAAAAGUAAAAAAAAAUCCCGACUGUGAGACAAGUAAAUAAUAUUGUGAUAAAUUGCAGCAGGAGAUUGUGAGAUUUAAUAGGAAAACGAAAUACCAUGCUAUAUGCUUUAUCAUUUGCGAUACGGUGGGAUUGAAUCUCUCUAUGCACUUAUACUUAUUGCUUUGAAUUAUUAAUGUUUAUUAUUAUUUAUCCUGGAUGAUUUUAACAAGCAGUAUCGACAGACUGUAUUCUGUUAAAUUUGGAUGGACAAAAGGGAUAAUGCAAUUGAAUGAAUUUAAGAACAACUGAGAACAAUCUCCGCCAUUCGAAGGCCUUUAUUUCAUUCAAUUACAAAAUCAAUAAUUCAAUUUUUUUUUCUAGUCACAAAAUUAAGUUACAGUUAAUAUAAUCUAUAUAGCUAUGGUCAAUAUAUGCCUUCUCAUACGUAACUGAAGGAAAUUAUUGGGCAACGUAUUGUAAAGGAAAAUUGUUUAUUGGCUUCCUUAGAGAGUGAGUUUUGUGAUCAAAAUCUAAAUAAUAGUUAUAAUCGGCUUAAAAGCUUAUCGAGUUAUUUUAACGUUUAUUACGCACUGCUUGACAUUUUAUCUGAUAAAAUAUUUAUAUUAAAGUUAUUGAUAUUCAUUUAAAGUAUAUACGUAUUUUAUGAGCAAAAGCUUGGCCUAAUGAAUAAUCGGCUUUUUCUAAAUUGAAAAUAAAAAAAAAAAUAUAUGAAAAAUAUAAAAGUGAUAGUUGAUGAAAGUCAAAAAUUUUGUGUUAUUCAAUUCCAUACUAACAAAAUUAGUUAUAGACUAUAAUUAAGCACAAAUGCUUAAUAUUUCAUUGCGAUACAGGAUGUGAUAAUGAGCUUAAUAUAGUAGGAAAAAAGGUAAGUAAAACGAAGAACCUUGAUACCUGUUUUAUCUCGACGUUGGCACGACAAAGGGAGUGGAUAUAUUGGCAUAAGUUGCCUUAACAGAUUUAUAUGAAUGGACAAUGAACUAAUGAGAUGAAGAGAAUCAAAAUAAAAUGAAAUAUACGAAUUAAUAAAUGUAUACAUUCUUUUAAAGUUUGUUGAUUAUAAAACUAUCUCUAUAAGGAAGCACUCUAAUCGGUAUGGUAUAUUAAUUAUUGAAUCAAACUUUGCGAAUUACUGAGAUUAAUAAAUUCAAAAAAAAAAAUUAAUCAUUGUUGUGUUUUUACUUGAUAUAUUAAAACUUGAAAAACAAUGAUUCGCCCUCGACUAUGCCAUAUUACUGAAUUUCCAUCCAAAAUUUUUAAGUGAUUAACAAAAUCUACAUAUUAGAUAUUGAUAUACAAUAUUCGCUCGAUUUUGAGCCACCUGGAAAGGAUUUUUUAAUUUAUCUCCCGCGUUAACGUGAUUAUUAUUACGACUUAACAAACAACCCGUCCGUCGAGUCUGCUUUUACGAGGAAAAAUGACAGUUCAGUGAAAUAAAUGAAAGGAAAAACACAUGGAAAACCCACGUAUCAAAGCGGCAAUAAAAGACAGCAUGAAAACCAAAAAAGUUAAAUGGAAAAAAAAACUAAUAAACAAUUCAAUUUUUGUACUUGUUCUUUGGACGGUGAUAACUACUGUAGUAAUGGAACUAUAGACAACCAUUUGAAAAAUGAUAACAUUCGUAAAAAGGGCAUAGAUUAGCGUUGACAUUGGUAUGGCAAU